CUUCUUGAUCGCGUUGCCAAGACCUCGCACCUUCCGCUAAAAUGCAGGACAUGGACCCCCAGUCGACACGAGCGCAGUUCACACAGGUGACGACACCUGGCGAGCUAGCUCCGAUGCACGUGAGCAAGGUAAACCACUUGCCUUCACCGACGAUGGCGAUGGAGCUGGACACGCCGCGUACCUUUGAAGUGGUCGCUGGUGACGGGAUCCCCACGGGCGCGUGGGCUGCUGGGCUUUUCGACUGCUUUGAUAAUCUCAUGCCCAACUGCUUCAUGGUCACCUUCUGCCCGUGCGUUGCGCUGGCGCAGCUAUCGACGCGCCUGGGCGUCGCCUCUUACAAAGUGGUGUUGAGUCUUCUGCUGUUCGUGAUAGUAGUGGAGCUCACCAUGUUUACACUCGUGUGGACCACGGCCGAACACGACGACGACUCGAGCGACGAGUACCAUGACUCGGAUGACAAGGUGGUCAACGUUACCUUCGUGAUCAUCACGCUCAUCGUGCAGAUGUUGCUUUUCGUCUACAUCUGGCAGCUUCGCAUCAAGACGCGCACUCGCUUCCAGCUGCCAGGCAAUGCGGCUACGGACUGCCUCAGCUCAUGGUUCUGCUCUUGCUGCACCGUGGCACAGCUACGAACUCAUGUUCGCUGCUACCAGCCAGGAGGCUGCUCGUUCGGAGCGCCCGAUGUGCUUCAGGCCUACCCGGGCAAGUCGUACGCUGUGUAA